UUCACCCCUUUUAGCCUUUGAACGCAAACUCCAAGCUCAUCCGCAUGUCUGAAACCAGGUUGGUCGAAGCCGGUUUGGACCCAACCCACAGGUUGAAACUUGAAACCAUCUUGUAACCCGCUCAGAUCAUGAAACCGGCUUGAAUCCGGUCAAAAACGACCCGAACCAGUCAAAACGGUUUGAAACUCAAACCCGAUUCAAAUGACCCGAUAACCAAUUCCAGUUCUAUACUCUGUUUCUCUCUUGAAACCGAUUUCAUAUCCAACCCUAAAACCUGCUUCUCGGAGUCAUAUGGAGGAGGAUUCCGAUCAUCAACCAACUCAGUCUGGAGCUUUGAUAGGUUCCAACGAUGACCUUUUAACCGAGAUCCUUCUCCGGCUCCCUGUUACCUCCAUCCUUCGCUUCAAAUCUGUUUCUAAGCACUGGCGUUUGCACUUGCGUCACACACAUUUCACCCACAGGUAUGAUAAGAUUUCAAAAUCUCCUGGUUUUUUUACUAAUGACACUAUAUAUGUUCCGUAUGAUGUUGAAAACCCAACCACUCCCCGUUUUCGUAGUCUCUAUUUCUACCCCGAUCCUCGCGGUAUCAGAAUUGUUCAAUCUUGUAAUGGAUUACUCCUUUGCUGUACCUAUCGAGGGAGCAUAGAUACUCGUAAGUAUUAUGUGUUUAAUCCCACCACUAAACAAUUUGCAAUCGUCCCCUGUCUCCCCGGAGGUUAUGGAGUCCGUAAAACAAUCCGUUUUAUGGGUCUGGCAUUUCAUCGAACAGAUUGUGUUCACUACAAACUUGUUUGUAUUCGUGAAUUAGCGUCUGAUGAUGAUGUGGAGUUGUUUCAGAUUCAAAUCUACUCGUCUGAUACCAGGGAAUGGAGGAUUUGUCCUGUAACUUUCCGUACGGAUUGCCCCGAUUUCGAGAUGGGAGUUUACUGGAAUGGAGCUAUUCACUGGCCUCCGUCUUAUCGCAAUCACUUGUACUUUAAAAUCGACGCCGAACAGUUGCAAACAUUGCCCUCGCCAGUGGAGAUGACUAUAUUUCAAACGUUGGCAAUGUACUUUGGGGAAUCUAGAGGUCAUUUACAUUUAACAGUGCUUGUUGAUUCUGAUGAAACCGGUUUACACCUGAACGUGUAUGAAAUGUUGGGCGAUCUUUCAGGGUGGUUUGUCAAGUAUCAACUACAGCUCCAUGAAAUUUGGGGUGCUUUUCCGGAGAUGACUCGUUCCCCUUUUGAUUUUGAUGUCGUUGAUGUGGUUAGAGGUGUAAAAGAAGAAGAUACAUUCAUCGUGCUGAGAACUCAUGGGACAUUGACAAGGUAUAAUGUUCAUGGCAAGAGUUUUAAGCAGAUGUGUGAUUUCACGGACCAAGCCUCUAGAAAGUACGCAAUCGCCCAUCGUUAUACCGAAUCUUUAUCUCCUUUCUAAAAGACUAUAUCUAUAUAUUUUUCUGCAUUAAAGUGUGGCUGAAUUGGAUCCUGAAUGUAGCUCCUGUUAGUUUAGUUUGUCUGUUGUGCAUAUAUGUUUUGCAAAGAAAUUAUGGAUUGAAUAUUAGAACUGGUUGUCUGAUUAUUGAUCUUUAUACAACAAUAUGCACUAUCUAGUUUUCUUUAUACUUUUUUUUAUCUAAACUGUUACAAUGUUACUUGAUUAUUCACAAGUAAAAUAGAUAGUUUUAUAUGGAUAAUUUAAAUUACUUGUUUAAAACUGUUUGUAAAGGCUGCAAUCUUGUCUCACAAUGCUACAAUUCAUAUGGAUAUUGUAUUUCAUUUGGGAAGAUGCCAGCAUAAUUCCGAGAGUGUAGUUCAUGAAAACGCUUAAUUGAGUGAAUUCCAUCAUUAUAUUGCACCGCCAUCCAACAAUUUGGUUGGCAUUAAUAAUACACGAAUAGUGGUUCGGUUGAUUGGUAUUAAUGUUGUGGUUGGUAAACAAGGGGAAUCGUGUGAUUCUGUUUGUAAAUCGGUUGGGCAGUCAUGUGUGGCGAGUAAAUUUGGAUUUAUUAAAGAAUGUGGAGUUAUGCAAAAGUAUAUGAAAUGUAAAGGAUCGUGUCUUGCAAGCAUUCAACCUGCUGAGGUGGCUGAGGAUGCACCUAGAAAUUUGAAUACGGGUGCAUGUUUAUAUACACGAAGACUGUCGAUGCUUUCUUGUGAUGGUCCCAUCAGCAUAUGAGGAGGCUUUGCCGCUGUGCUUAGAAGUUUAUCUGGCUAGCAACUUUAUGGACCACUAAGAAGUCAUGCUGCCAAGGCGUUCGGUUUUAUUUAUAUGAUUAUUGAUUAUUCAUUAGAGAAUGCACCACUGCAAAAGGAAUUAUCAGCAGAGGAAGUGGGAAAUGCUGCUGCUUUUCUGGCAUCGCCAUUGGCUUCAGCCAUUACAGGGGCGGUGUUGUAUGUAGAUAACGGGCUAAAUGCAAUGGGAGUUGGAGUCGACAGCCCCUUACAUUUCUUGAAGCUCUUUAAGGAUCUUGACAUUCCAAGAGACGCCAAACAUUAAGGUAGUGAACAAGCACAACGUACGUUUCUUUGGUUUUUCAAAUAACUUGUUUUGAGUUACUUAAUUUGGGGUUCACAAUUUUACAUUGAAUUGAGAAAGUUGGUGGUUAAUUUUGACAUUGUUGAUUGUAAUGGUCAUAAGUUGUUGACAUUUCUAGAGCUUGGUGGAAACAAAAAACAAAAGAAAUUCAAUGGUUG